UAGUAUAUUAACUGUGACAUUAUCAAUACCAAUAAUUGUAAUCGUGAUGAAUAGUGAAUGUAAAAUCAUUUUGUUGUGUCGUGUGUUUAAAUUGAAAACAAUGUGGAUAUUAAUUUUACCCUCAUAUUUAUUUUUGUGCUCAUUAAAUUAUAAUCUUGUGGAAUCACAAAAUUUAGAGAUUGAUUAUUCAGGUCAUAUUGAAGUUGAAGCAAUUGCAGGUAAAUCUGUUUCACUUCCGUGCAACAUUUCAAUAACUCAUGGAAAUAGUCGUGAAGUGGCUAUUAUUUUGUGGUACAAGGAUGAUACGGGAAUCCCUGUUUAUACUGUGGAUAUACGGAAUAAAAGUUCAUUAAGUAGUUCAAUUCAUUUACCAUCAAGUUCAUAUAAAUCACGAUCUUAUUUUGAAAUGAGUAAAAGUCCACCAACAUUGCGAUUAGACAAGAUUGAAUCAAAAGAUUCAGGUGAAUAUCGGUGUAGAGUGGAUUAUGAAAAAUAUCCAACACAAAAUUUUCUUGUAAAUCUAACAGUAAUAGUUCCACCAAAAUCAGUAACGAUUACCGACUCUAAUGGGACUCGACUCGAAGGUGUCAUUGGUCCAUAUCUUAGAGGAACAACACUCCAUCUAAUCUGUAAAGCAACUGGAGGUGAUCCUUCGCCGAGCAUUCGUUGGUGGAAAGGUGGGGACAUGAUUGACGACACUUAUCAAGUUAUAAAUAAUCAAACUGUUGUAAAUGAAUAUAUUCUGGAAAAUAUUGAUCGAAAUAAUUUACUCACCGUUUUAACGUGCCUCGUUUCAAAUACCGAUUUGAUUCCGCCAAAAGAAAUCUCAGUUUCUAUUGAUAUGAUUCUUGAGCCUCUCGGUGUCGAACUGUUGUUACCAAGUGAUUAUCUGCCUGCCAACAAGAAAAGUGACUUAAUCUGCUUAUCAUAUGGCUCACGGCCACCUGUUCAAGUGACCUGGUUGAAAGAUGAUAAGCCAUUGAAUGCAACAUCUACAGAGACUGUUUCAGAUGAUGGCAAUUCAACCGUCAGUCGAUAUCAAUUUAUUCCGUCCAUUGAAGAUAAUGGCAAAUCUAUAUCUUGCUCAGUCAUAAAUUUAAAACUAUCAACAUCAACGAGUUUACAGGAUCAAAAUAUACUCAAUAUUCACUUUGUACCUCAAGUAUCAAUCGUGUUGGGUGCAAGCCUUCAACUGGACAGUAUUCGUGAAAACACUGACGUUUACUUCGAGUGUAACAUACGUGCCAACCCAUGGGUCAACGAAGUGACUUGGCUUUUCCAAGAUACUCCUCUUUACACGGAUCCAUUGGCAGGAAUAAUUGUUGCCAACCAAUCGUUGGUUCUGCAACGAGUGAAACGCCAGCAAAGAGGAUAUUAUCAGUGUUCAGCCUUCAACAGCCAAGGAACAGGAUUUAGUGAAAAAGUUUAUCUUAAAAUUAACUUUUCACCAAUUUGUAAGAGCAAUCAACGGCUAACUUAUGGAGUUUCUCGCAAUGAAUCGGUUCGAAUCUUGUGUGAAGUCGAGUCUGAUCCUGUUGAGGUUAAAUUUAAAUGGAUAUUCAACAAUUCCCAUGAAAGUCACGUUAUAACAAAUGUUACAUCAAAUGGUACCAAAAGUGUUGCUCUUUACGAGCCAAAAUCACGUUUCGAUUAUGGUUCAGUUAUAUGUCAAGCUGAAAACUCGGCUGGAAUUCAAAAAGAUCCAUGUAUAUUCAACAUUAUCGCUGCUGGUCCGCCGUCACCCGUUCGAGCCUGUUCAGCUUACAAUACUACCUCUUCUAGUUUUCUGGUUAAAUGUGAUCCUGGUGAUUCUGGAGGCCUUAAACAAACCUUUACCAUUCAAGUGUACGAUACUGGACAUAAUUUAAUCUUCAAUCAAAGCUCAUUAGAGUUACCUAUUUUUUGGAUCAACAAUUUACACUCUUCAACACCUUACAAGGUUAACAUUUACUCAACAAAUUUUAAAGGAAAAAGUAAAAGUGUCAAUCUUACAGGAUUAACCUUGCCAAAUCCCCAAAAACAACAAUCAAAAGAAGCUGAUCAAGGUUCCAUUAAGGAUCAAAUAAUGGGCAUUUUGUUAUCAAUUGCUGGUGGAUUAAUUGUUGUCACCAUCUUAAUUGCCUUAAUAAUUAAACAAAGGAAAACAUCUUAUACUUCGUGUAGAAGCCAAGUGACAUCAGAUUAUCCUAAAAAUAGUCCGCGAAUAGUGGAAAAUGAAAGUUAUUUACCUGACAUAUCGAGGACAAACAAUUUGGAGAAAAGUUUUUAUGCAAUUGAUUCAGUUAAAAAUCCAAUAGCAACAUUUGAUUGCAUUGCUGUGGCCAAAAACGAGUUGGCCAAGUACAAUAUUCAAGCUGAUGCAACAAGCAUAAUCUCGUCAACUGCAACAUCCAAAGCUGAUCAUGGGACGGAAAGCUUCAUGUGGUCCAAUGAAGCGCCCAAUAAUCACAUUCAUUUGCAAACAAAUUACGGACAAAACAUUUACUCAGCAAACUAUCAACCAAAUUCACCAGCAAAUGCUUCCCCGCUCAAUUACGAUUCAAUGAAAAGAAUCAAAUUUCAACCAACUUGCAUACAGACGGUUCCACCAACAAACUCCAGGGUAGCUUUAAAUUCACCCAUUCAGCCAAUCAUUUGGGACACCAGUUUCACAGAGAACAGUCCAUGUGAAAAGGUCCACCAUUAAGUUCAACAAAGGAAAGGAGAGGAAAAAAGUUUCAUUCAAACUCUGAAAAAAGUGUGUUUGGCAAAGGAAAUUUGCAACUUUUUCAUCCAAAUUUCAACGACAAAAAAAACUCGAGGCAAACUCAAAACUGUGAUUCUUUUUUCAAAGUCAAAUUAAUUUAUUUUCAACACUUUAUUGUACUAUUAAAUCAACCAAAAUUUUGAUUCAAAAUGAUCUGAUUCGUCUGAUUCUUCAGACAAAAAUGCUUUUCUUUUACCUCAUUUUCCCUUGUAAUGAAACUCGAUUAGUUAAGGAUAAUCUUUCACAAUUUCAUUUGAUUCACAAAGAUUAAACUUGUGCAGUUCACAAAAAAAGUGAUUGAAGAACCGCUGCAACUUUCCAUUAACUUUUUUCCAUCGCAUUCAAAG